AUGGCUGGCCGGGCGGGCCGGGGCUGCGGCGCCUUCUGGCUGCUGGUGCUGGCGGCCGCCUGCCUGCUGCAGCGCGCCCCGGCGAGGAAGGCGCUCCGCUGCCCGACCACAUGCAGCUGCACCAAGGAGUCCAUCAUCUGCGUGGGCUCGGCCGGCGUGCCGCGCAUCGUGCCCAGCGACAUCGGCUCCCUGAGUUUGGUAAAUGGAACCUUUUCUGAAAUCAGAGAGAGAAUGUUUUCUCAUCUGCCUUCCCUUCAGUUGCUAUUGCUGAAUUCUAACUCCUUUACUGUAAUACGGGAUGAUGCCUUUGGUGGUCUUUUUCAUCUAGAGUACUUAUUUAUCGAAGGAAACAAAAUAGAAACCAUUUCAAGAAAUGCAUUUCGCGGCCUUCGAGACCUGACCCACCUUUCUUUGGCCAAUAAUCAGAUUACAGCUCUGCCAAGGGAUGUCUUUGGUGAUCUGGAUUCUCUGAUUGAACUAGAUCUAAGGGGAAAUAAGUUUGAGUGUGACUGCAAAGCAAAAUGGUUGUUUUUAUGGUUAAAGAUGACCAAUUCCACUGUUUCUGAUGUCCUGUGUAUUGGUCCAGCAGAAUUUCAGGACAAGAAGUUAAAUGAUGUUUCCAGUUUUGAUGAUGAAUGCACCACUACAGAUUUUGUGGUUCAUCAGAUUUUACCCUACCAAUCGGUUUCGGUAGACACAUUCCAUUCAAAGAAUGAUGUGUAUGUAGCCAUUGCCCAGCCCAGCAUGGAAAACUGCAUGGUGCUAGAAUGGGAUCACAUUGAGAAGAACUUCAGGAGCUAUGACAACAUUACAGGUCAAUCUAUAGUGGGAUGCAAAGCCAUCUUGAUUGAUGAUCAGGUCUUCGUGGUGGUGGCUCAACUUUUUGGUGGCUCACAUAUAUAUAAGUAUGAUGACAGCUGGACAAGGUUUGUCAAAUUCCAAGACAUAGAAGUCUCCCGCAUUUCAAAGCCGAAUGAUAUCGAGCUCUUUCAGAUAGAGAGUGAAACAUUCUUUGUCAUUGCUGAUAGCUCAAAAGCUGGUUUGACAACCAUUUACAAAUGGAAUAACAAGGGAUUCUAUUCUUACCAGUCCCUGCACGAAUGGUUCCGGGACACAGAUGCUGAGUUUGUUGAUAUCGAUGGAAAAGCUCAUCUGAUUUUGUCGAGCCGCUCGCAAAUCCCCAUAAUCCUGCAGUGGAACAAAAAUUCCAAAAAGUUCCUCCCACACAGUGAGAUCCCCAACAUGGAGGAUGUGUUGGCUGUGAAAAGCUUUCGAAUACAAGACAACCUCUACCUUUCGCUCACAAGAUUUAUAGGUGACUCGAGAGUCAUGAGGUGGAACAGCAAGCAGUUUGUGGAGAUCCAGGCUCUUCCUUCGCGGGGAGCUAUGACGCUCCAGCCAUUCUCCUUUAAGAAUAAUCACUACCUAGCCCUGGGCAGUGACUACACCUUCUCUCAAAUAUUCCAGUGGGAUAAUGAGAAGAAGCUCUUUAAAAUAUUUAAGGAAAUCUAUGUCCAGGCACCUCGCUCAUUCACAGCUGUAUCCACAGACAGAAGAGAUUUUUUCUUCGCUUCCAGUUUUAAAGGCCACACGCAAAUAUUUGAACAUAUCAUUGUUGACUUGAGUUUAUGAAGAAGCUGUGGGAGGGAGGUGGGUGGGGGGGGUAACUCCUGUACAAUGAUAUUUUCACUUAAAAUACACUGAGAAAGGACGGAUUACUCACUUCCAGAAGGUAGGGUGUGCCUUGUGGCAUUAGUCAGGAGUUUUCUGGACUUUUUAGAUGUUUGCAUAUUUAAUCAGGGAUCGCAUUAACUUGGCUAACUGCAUGCCAUGCCCAUUUUACCAUUGGCAGAGACAUUUUACAGCCUAUAAUUACUCUCAGAAAGUGUGCAAUGCUUUAGAAUUAAUUCUAACACAUUUAAAACAUCAAUGCAGAAUUGAAGGGAGGAGAUGGGAAAACCCGGAGAGGCUGGGUGGACUCCAUAUCGGAACAAAAGCAGUGGGGAAGGUCUCCCAUGUGGCAGCUCCCCUUUCAGCUGACCUUUUCAGCACUGGUAUUUGAAGAGCAACUCCACAUAUUUGCUAGUGCUUUUGUUAAAAUUAACUGAGAUGGCGGGGGAGGGGGGAUGUGUCCUGUCAUCUUUGCUUUGUGCUCAUCAAGAGUGACCUGGGUUGCGCCUUGGAAAACCCAGCAGGAAGAGGAAACGGUUCUACUUAUUGGUUCCUUGGAGUCGCAAUCACAGGCUGAGCCUCUAGAAGGCACUGCCAAAUCCAGAUUUAGGAAAAGAGGAGGAAAACUUCUGGGUGUUUUGGAAUGUUCAGUCUGCUCGAGGGAAGCAAUUCACAUGCAAUCCUGUCCAUAAUCAUGUUCCCCUGACAGCCAAUUUACAGAAAUCCUGCAUUCAUCAGUCAGUCUGGCUCUUACUGACCCAGAUGGAUAAUACCCGGAUUUGUGGCUGCCUCCAAGCCAGGGCUCUGCCAUGCGUCUCUGAUCACCUUUAGUAAAUUAAAGGUGCAAUAUGAUGGUACACGAUCCCAUGCCCUGUUUUUCCAGCCUCAAUUCAUUAAUUGCCCCUCAGGUAACCCAGCAUCCAACCAAAGUUAAGUUCUUCAAAGGACUUCAAAAUACUAGAAAUUUCAGUGGAAGAGAAUUGUACAUACCCCUAACCUCCCACUGAAAGAAGCUGGACUGUACGGUGUUUAAUUCGAUUGAUUAAUUCUGCCGUAUUUCUUUGGUGUUUCCUAAUUCAUUUUGGCAUGGCAUUCCAAUACCUGACCUUUAGAACUUAAGUUGCAGACUGCUUGAAGGGACUGAUCCACUCGUUCAUCUGUAUUGUUCACAACACGGUUAGAAGGAUCUGCAUAAGAUCAUAGCGAGCUUCUCAUUCAGUUGCAGGCUAUCUGAAUUCGCAACAAUGCAACAGUGUGAAGAUGGCUGUACGCAAUCAGUUCCAAUAAUUAGUAAUCCUAUAGUCAUUGUUUUAAAAAAGGACUGAAUUCGGUGAAAUGAAAAGAUGGCCAGUGCAUCAUGGUAAGCAGUCGUGAUUUUUUAAAAAAAAAUAAAUUUAUUUUCUCCUCCACUCCGUAAAAAACAUGCUUGCAAACAAUAAAGCCUCCACUCCCUCAAAUGGCUUACAAAUAUAAUAGGUACCACUUCUACAUUACCAAAAUAAAUGUCUUGACUCUUGAUAACAUAUAAAUGACUUUUUUACUUCUCCA